AUAUUUGAAAAUAGUACGAUUAAAUUAGUCUUUUGUAAUGAUUUCAUAGUGUCUGAAGUUUAAUUUAUCAAGCUGUACAAUUUCAUCUGAGUUAAAAUGGCACCUAUUGACGCCGAUAUACCGCAAGCGGUCGGGAAACCGAAUCCGCGGAAUAAUCCAGUUAUGUUUAAAAUAUUUCAAAACGUUCAGUAUAAUGUAGUUCAACAUAAGAAAUAUGUAAAAGAAAUGAUAAAACUUUACAAGAAGAUUGAACAGGAUUUCUUUAGGGAAAGUUUUAAGAAUGCCCUUCAUUAUUUAUUUACUUUUGGAGAUACGAGUGCUAAUGUUGACCGUGUUGUUCAAUUUGUGGCAACCUUUUGCACUUCUCUUGAUGAUGAAGAAGAAUUUCUUAUGUUUAUUUUUGAAAUUAUUUUUGAUUGUCAGUGUGUAUCAGGCCAGUCUGUAAGAUACAGAGCUAGUCAAUUGCUGGCAGCUGUACUCUCAGCUCUCGGAGAUGAUGCAUCCUUGGAUGAUGAUUUGUGCGAUAAACUUUUGGCAUCACAGAUGCAACGUCUGCAAGACACACGUGGUGCAGUGAGAUGUCGGGCUGCCUUAGCCCUUCAGCGUCUACAGAAUCCAAUGGAACCAGAUGAUGAAGUCACUAGAGCAUAUCGUUUUCAUAUGAGCUGUGAUCCUAGUUCAUCCGUGCGAAGAGCUAUAGUGAUGUCGAUUGCAAAGUGCACUCGAAAUGUUCCAUUUGUUCUGGAGCGACUUUGUGAUGUAGACGAAGCUGUACGCCGCGCUGCUUUCUUGUACAUAUCUGCUAUUAAUGUUACACAAUUGAGAGUCAAACAAAGAGUACUUACAUUGAAGGUGGGUCUGAACGAACGCAGUCAGCGCGUACGUCGGGUCGUUGAAGAGAUAUUGAUACCGGGCUGGCUCAGUACAUUCCAUGGCAAUAUUAUAGAUCUACUUAAGGCAAUACGAUUGGACAAUACACAUGAUGCUAAGGAUUCUCAAUAUGUUGCAGGAAAACUUUUAGAAUCACUGUUUAAGCGUCUACCGAUAUCGGAGCUACUAGAAUGGUUACCAACUGAUAAGACUCUACGACUCAUUCCCGCUGAGAAGUUAAAUAAAGAAAGUGCUUGGUAUUGGCGUCAUCUUGCUGAACAUUUACAGAAGAUCGAUGAUGAUGAAACAUUAGAGACGGUGCUACCUGAUCUUGUCGUUUUAACUGGAUAUAUAAGAGCAAUCGUGGAAUCACCAUGUCCAUCAGAGAAGGAGGACCCGGUGGGUUUCAGCACUCGGCAGUACGUGCUGCAGGAGCUGGGCUGUCUGCUGCGCGUGUACGACGCCGGAGACCCGGCCGGGCGCUCUGCGCUGCAGACACUCGUCACUGAUACGCUCACAGGCGACUACGGUCCACUGAACGCGGACGUCAUCCGCGCGUUCGUGUCGGGCCUGGAGCUGGUGGUGCCGGAGGUGUCGACGCGCAUGGAGGUGGUGUGCGGCGUGGUGUCGGCGCUGCGCGAGCCGCCCGAGCCCGACGACGAGCCCGCGCCCGCGCCGCCCGUCGACUGCACCGAGCUCAAGCUGCAGAGAGCUAGACUACGCGUCUCUUUAAACGUCGCAAUCGAAGCGCAAGAAGAAGCCGUAAGAGAUGAAAACUACGCCCUUGCCGCUGAAUGUAAGGCUAAAGUGGCAGAUAUUCAAAAGAAAUUGGAGGAUUUGAAUAUUCAAACGAAGUCACCACCACCGCAACCAUUGUCUACUAUAAAAGAAAAACAAUGCGAUGCGGACACCUUAAAUAAAUGCUUAACGAUAUUGAACUGUGCGCUGGACACGCCACAGCUAACAGCGAUUACGCCGAUCCUGAAGUUGAUGUUCAGUGAACUAGAGGCGGAAAUAUUUCAAAAUCCAGAUAUUUUAGAGAAUGCUCUCGAAACUGUUGCCUUAUUUGGAAUGCUCGACAAAGAGUUCGCGAGAGACCACAAAGCGUUUUUCUUUGCUAAUCUAAUAGACACAACAAACGAGCCAAUUGUAACGACAGUAUUGAAGUGCAUAGUGGACCUGCUUUGUGUGCACGGCGCGCGAGUGUUCGAGGACGACGACGCUCCAGAGGAAUCCAAGGUGGACGUACCGAAGAAACGGAACACACUCACCAUAAGCGCUGAUGACGACGAUGCCACAUUAUCUGAAUCUGCAUUAUCACUUUCACAAGCACACAGUACAGUCAUCGAACUUCUUUUAAAAAUAAUGGACAGUGCUUGUCCGGCAUACAGGUUGAUAAUAGUGGAAGGUCUAUGUCGUCUGAUAUAUCUCGGUCAUCUCGAAUCACCGACUAUACUCAGCAGGUUAAUAUUGCUCUGGUUUAACCCCGCUACAGUCGAUGAAGAUAAUCUACGACAGACUAUAGGGGUAUUCUUUCAAACUUUCCCCGUGUGCGUCGAUGGAUCGCAAGAACAGAUACAGAAAGCUACAUUGCCAACUCUCCGAGCAUUAGCAAAUGCACCGUCAAGCUCUCCUAUAGCAGAAAUAGACCAGGAGGCGGUCGUCAGAUUCAUCGUCUCUCUGACAAGAGUAAACCAUGAGAUGUCAGACGCCCAGGGCGCGCUGGCGCUGGAGCUGUGCGGGCGGCUGGCGCGGCGGCCGGCGUGCGCGGAGGCGGCGCUGGCGUGCCGCGCGCUGGCGCUGCUGGCGCCGCCCGCCGCGCCGCGCGUCGCCGCCGACCUGGCGCGCGCGCUGCCGCCGCUCAUCGCGAAAUUACCAGAUAAGCAAUCGUGUCGAAACCUGACUCGCUAUCUCGGCUCCUUGGAAGCGAUGGGACGAACUAGUCUUAAUAAAUUGUCUACAGGAACCGAAGGUAUUACUCAGCCAGAUGAUACUACUAUGGAUACUUUCGGAAGAAUAACCACUUCUUUGCCUCAACCAAUAGCUAGAAGCACUCACAUGGUAGUCAAUGAAACUGUGGAAGAAGAGGUAGAGAUUGACGAGACCUCACCCACUGAAGCCGUGUCAAGGAUAUCGGAGGAACACAGCCAAGCAUCAGAAGAAAGGAAAUCUCUCCCAAAAAAUGAUGCGAAAACCACAGCUAAUUUAGAGGCAUCGGACGCCGCUUCGGAAGAAAGUAGCGGCGUUUCACCUGUCAAAAAAGUUAAGGUUACUAAAUGCAAGAAAAAGAAAAUGUCUUUAACAAGAUCGAGCUCUGAGUCUACAGAUAGCAAAAAUCGUAAUAAAAAAGGUCAGAAGCAAGUCAAAGAGCAGGAACAAAAUGAAAAAGGCGUUAAACGAAGCCGAUCACAGCGCUCUCUUGUGGAUGUAGAUAGAGCUAAAAAAAAUCUAAAAUCCAAGAAAGAAAUAGCCGUACAGCAAUCGCCGCCAUCAGAUGACCUUGACGUAUCCAAUGUAACCGUGCGCAGAUCGACUCGGAGCAUGCAGUCUUGUUCCAGUUCUGAUUCCGCUGGAUCGGGUAAAAAGAAGAAUGGCAAAAAGACACAGAAAAUAACGGAGGAAUCUCGUCGAGUGACGCGCUCGUCGGACAGGACCAGUGCGAGCUUCACUAACAACUCCGCAGACGAAACCGAACUGCACACCAUCGUCUACGAUAACGAUAUCGAACAAGAACUUCUAGACGAUUCCAGUGAACUAAUGAACAGUCGACAAUCGUCAAAGGCUAACAUCACCAUUCCUGAAACGCCAGACGGUAGCGAGGAAUCGGACUCUGAACCAGAACCUCCUACGAAAGGAAAAGGAAAACGCAAAGGAAAAAAGUAAAAAUUAUAUAUAUUAAUACAUUUAAAACAUUGUAUAUUUAAAUAAUAAAAUAUUUUUUCUUAAACCUAUUUAUCUUAAAAAUAGUUCAUAAAUAUGAAUCUAUAUCACAUUUAAU